AACAUGGCCCUCCUCCUCUUCGCCGGUGCGGACACUGGACAGGUUCCAACGAGUCACUGGAAGCUCAAUUCAGUUCGAAAACAGAGAAGAUCGAGGCUUCAGAAAAGAGGCUUCGAACUGUGGAAGCGAAAGUCAGGAUGCGUGAAGCGCUAUAACUCCGCCGAGGUCAGCACAGGCGUCGGGGCUACUUACAAGAGCUGCCUGCUGAUUGGACUUCUCCUCAUCUUGAACAUGCAGCCCAGCAGAUGUGCCACGGAGGACGACUCUCUACUCGAGAUCUCGGAUAUUUUGCCAGAAGAUACGAAAAGUUACGACAAGAUGCGUCCGCCACAAUCACAGGGUAACCCCACGGUUGUCUACUUCCACGUCACUGUCAUGAGUCUGGAUUCCAUCGACGAAAGUUCUAUGGAACUGAGGACGAAAGUGUCUUUGGAAUGUUCAGAACUAUUAGGACUCCCAUUUACACUGUUCAAUUAA